GCUAAAUUUUGUGGGUAAGAGCAGUAGAUUUUGUGGGUAACAGCAAUAGAUAAUCAGUGUGUGUAUGUGUCUGUGUGUGUGAGGUGCUGGCUAGUCAGCUCCGACUCAUAGCAACCCUAUGUACAACAGAAUGAAACACUGUUCAGUCCUGUGCCAUGCUCACAAUUGUUUCUAUGCAUGAGCCCAUUGUUGAAGCCACUGUGUCCCUCCAUCUCGUUGAGGGUCUUCCUCUUUUUCGCUGACCUUCUACUUUACCAAGCAUGAUGGCCUUCUCCAGUGACUGGUCUGUCCUCAUAACAUGUCCAAAGUAUGUGAGAUGACGUCUCACCAACCUCACUUCUAAGGAGCACUCUGGCUGUACUUCUUCCAAAACAGACUUGUUCGUCUUCUGCCAGACCAUGCUAUAUACAAUAUUCUUCACCAGCACCAUAAUUCAAAGGCAUCAAUUCUUGUGCAGUCUUAUUUAGUCAUUGUCCAGCUUUCACAUACAUAUAAGUGAUUGAAAACACCAUAGCUUAGGUCAGGUGUACCUUAGUCCUCAAAGUGACAUCUUCGCUUUUUAACACUAAUCAACACACAUGGUGUAAUGGUUAAUUUUAUGUGCCACCUUGGCUAAGCUGUGAUGCUGAAUUAUUUGGUUAAACACUAGUCUAGAUGUUGCUAUGAAGGUAUUUUGUAGAUUCAAUUAACAUUUAUAAAUAAUUGAAUUUAAAUAAAAGAGAUUGUCCUUGAUAAUGUGCGUGGGCCUCAUCCAAUCGGUUGAAGGCUUUAAGAGCAAAAACUGAGGUUUCUCGGAGAAGAGAUUCUCCCUUAAAACUAUAACAUAGAACUGCUGCCGGAGUUUCCAGCCUGAUGGCUUGCCCUACCAAUUUCAGCUCUGUCAGCCCCCACAAUCGCAUGAGCCAGAGGCUUAAAAUAAAUUUAUAUAUGUUUAUCUCCUAUGGGUUCCGUUUCUCUGGAGAACCCUUAUACACAUGGCAAACCUUCCGUUUUCCCAAUCUUAGUGAACUGUACCCAAACCAGGAAACUCCUUCCUCCUCAAAACCCUACUGGUAACCAAUCAAAUCCUAUUAUUUCCGUUAGGGAUUUAUUGGUUCAGUCUUGUCGAUUUUCUUUGUCGCUUUCUUAGUUUAUAAUUUCUUAUCUGUUCUUGUUGUUGCCAUUGAAUCGACUCUGACUCAUGGCGACUGUCAUGGAUUGAAUUAUGUCCCCCCCAAAAUGUAUGUAUCAGCUUGGUUAGGCCAUGAUUCCCAGUAUUGUCCUCCAUUUUGUGAUCGUAGUUUUAUGUUAAGAGGAUUAAGGUGGGGUUGUAACACCACCCUUACUCAGGUCACCUCCCUGAUCUAAUGUGGAGACAGUUUCCCUGGGGCAUGGCCUGCACCACCUUUUAUCUCUCAAGAGAUAAAAGGAAAUGGAAGCAAGCAGAAUUGGGAACCUCAUACCACCAAGAAAGAAGCACCAGGAGAAGAGCACGUUUUUUAGACCCAGGGUUCCUGCGCAGAGAAGCUCCUAGUCCAGGGGAAGAUUGAUGAGAAAGACCUUCCUCCAGAGCUGACAGAGAGAGAAACCGUUCCCCUGGAGCUGAUACCCUGAAUUUGGACUUUUAGCCUACUUUACUGUGAGAAAAUAAACUUCUCUUUGAUAAAAACCAUCCACUUGUGGUAUUUCUGUUAUAGCAGCACUAGGUGACUAAGACAGCAACCUUAUGUAUAACUGAAUGAGACGUUGCCUGGUCCUGCGCCACGUUUAUGAUGGUUGAUAUGUUUGAGUCCAUUGUUGUAGCUAUUGUGUCGAUUAAUAUUGAGGGUUUUCUUUGUUUUCGCUGACCCUCUACUAAACCAAGCAUAAUGUGUUUUUCUAGUAAUUGGUCUUUCAUCUAGACUUCUUAAAUUGUCUUCCCACAAGUUUCUUGCCUUCAGCUUCUUUUCUCCGUCCUCUCCCCUGCCAUCAGAGCAGCCAUUCUGAAAUGUGGUUCAGACCAUCUUCUGUAUUUAAAUGUGUCCUCACUGAUUAGAGAUUAUGCAGUCCAAAAUCCUUAGCAAUGCAAGUACAGCCAUGUGAGAUCGGACCCCUGCUUUGCUUUCCAUCUCUUGUCCCAUACAGCUCAGAGUUCAGCCCUCACACAUAUCGUACAGGUCCCAAACCCUGCCAUGGCUCUUCGUGACUCUAUGUUCUGGUACGUGCUGUUCUCUCUGCCUUUGGAAGGCUUUUACCUGCUCUCCGAAGCCUUCUUAUAUUUUCUGGAAGUUAAGCACUUCUUUCUGUUUUCUCCCCUAGUGCCCAGUCAAUAGCCCUGUGAUUGCUGUGAUCACGUCCCUAUAAUUAAUUGUUUUUCCCUCCAAUAUCUGUCUCUCAAUUAGACCAAGAAUGCCAUUAGGAUAGUGGUUGUGUCCUGUUCAUUCUUAACUCUCUUGUGCCUAACAAAGUAUUUGAACAGGGCCUUUUAAACUUUUAGUCUAGCAUGUCUGGAAUUUCACAGUUAACAGACUCAUAGUACAAAAAUGUAACUUUAUUUCUGUAUACCUGAACUUAUUGUAGCUCUCUAGCCAGUAUUUUUCCAGAAAGGGCAGUAAAGUAUUUUGCAUUACCCUGCCUUUUGGGAGGUACGUCUGUCCACAUGGGCUUCCUUGGUUGUUGGUACCACCCCAUUGUAUCUAUGCUGAAGCCUCUGCAACCCUCUCCUCUCUCUGUCAGUCCUUUUGGGCUUUCUUACUCUUUCUUUAAUUUGACAAGAAAAUUGUCCACUCCUGGGAAAGUCAAACUCAUGUGGACUUAGCUUUCUAUGUUGCAGUUUGGCCAUACUGACAUAUCCUAGCAUUAAAAAUCAUGGUAUUGAUUACUGAGAUAUAUUACUUAAGCAAGCCACCUGAGAUCAUAGAAAUGAUCUUUGUCAGCAUUAUCAGUGUCAGGAAGAAAUAGUUUUGUAUCAUUCCUCAUUUUAAAAAUCCCCUUGAGUGCCUUUUCCCUUGACAGCCAAUGCAGUUCUUUGUGGAAAGCAGGCUCUGGUACUCACUGUCCGUAAUGCAUGUUGAAAAGACAGAUGGUCAGUGACUGCAGUUUGAUUCAAAAUGUUUAUACUUUUUCAGUACGGAAUGAGAAUCAGAUUAUUUAGACCAUCACCGAUUCUCUGGGAAAACAACUGUGUGUGAAUUGACAUUAAAGUUCAACGUCGUUUAUUUCUAGCAACUCCUUUUCUUCCUGGCUGUACACGUAACAGGUUCGCUAUCAGUUUAGAUCCCUGGGCUCCUUUUCCACUUUGCAUAUUGGCCCUCACAUGUGAACAUCAGACAUGAAAGGUGUUGAUUCGUAUCUUGCCCAGAGGUUCCAGUCAACAGUAAUUUGGAUUUAUCUGCUGGCCUGUACAUAUGCUAGUAAUGCCUCUCCCAUAUUGCACGCCGUUGCUAUUAGUUGAAGUUUAGAAGUGUUAUUUAAGAGAGGAAUUUUGCUGGUAUCUUGUACUGUUUUCUCUGGGACCAAAGCAUUUAUCCUUGCCUUUGGGACUAUCGUAAACAAUGUCUCCUCUGUGUAUGUUCUCUACCUGUUUUGUGCAUUGGAAGUACAAGUUUGAAUGAUGUUGCUAUAGUUUUCGUCUAUAAAUUUCAUUUCCUUUGGUAAUAAAAUUUGUCAGUUUUGCACUGAGAAACAUUAUUUUGCCCUUAAGGAAGAACUUGAAUGGUUUACCAAAGAAGCGAUUGAACUUUGUUUGAAAGUGACUCAGAAGGCUUAAGUGGUUUUCUGCGACUGUUUCAGAAGCUUCACAAACAGCACUGAGACCUUAGGAGCAAAUGGAUCAUUGGUCCGGUGAGACUAUUCUUUGAUUAUUCACCGUUUUACCACCUACUUGCACUUUCCUUUUUUAGCUGUUUGUGUGAGAUUAUUACACCGGCACCUGACUUGGCACGUAGAAUAUGUAGCUCUACAUUCUGCAUUUUAGUCUUGUUCAGUAGUUAUCAUUGUAAAGGAUUGUUGCCUUAGUCAUCUAGUGCUGCUCUGACAGAGAUACCACGAGUGGAUGGCUUUAACAAAGAAAAAUUUAUGUGCUCACAGUCUAGUAGGUCACAAGUCCAAAUUCAGGGUGUUGGCUCCAGGGAAAGGUGUUCUCUCUUUGUCGGCUCUGGAGAAAGGUCCUCGUCCUCAAUCUCCCCCUGGCCAAAGAGCUUCUCAGGUGCAGGGACCCCAUGUCCAAAGGAUCCACUCUGCUCCUGGUGCUCCUUUCUUGGUGGUAUGAGGGACCCAACUCUCCACUUGCUUCCCUUUUAUCUCUUAAGAGAUAAAGGGUGGUGCAGGCCACUCUCCAGGGACACUGCCUCCACACUGGAUCAGGGAGAUGACCUGAGUAAGGAUGGUGUUACAACCCUACCCUAAUCCUCUUAACAUAAAACUGCAAUCACAAAAUGGAGGACAACCACACAAUACUGGGAAUCAUGGCCUAACCAAGUUGAUAUACACAUUUUUAGGGGGACAUAAUUCAAUCUAUGAUAAUUUUAUUUAUAUUACUCUCAAUAUGACUUUUAUAUGUUGUUGAACCACUUUUGCUGUAUCAAGGUUUCUGAACUAAUUAAAAUGCUACAAAAUAGCGGGAAAAAAUAAAACUGUAAAUUUUGACAAAUAUAAACAUCAGCACAUAAAUAUUUUCAAAAUACAGUAACAAACUAACUAAAAUGAACUGCAUCUAUUCAACUGGAGGUUAAAACCAGUUGCUGUUGAGUUGACUCCAACUCCUGGGAACCCCGUGUUGACAAAGUAGAGCUAUGCGCCAAAAGGGCUUCAGUGGCUGAUUUUUCAGGUAGAGAUCACCAGGCCUUUCUUCCAAGGUGCAUCUGGGUGGACUUGAGCGUGUUAACUGUACCAUCUGGGGUUAGCUGAAGAAGAGUGACCAGUGUUUGUAGUACAAUUAUAAGCUUCACACGUAACAAUUAUAUUAAGAGCGUAGCAGGGUUUCAGUGGGAGCAAUAAUUUUACAUUUCAAAUUUAUUGACAUAUAUAUGAACAAAAUUGUUUCAUUCGUUUUUUUGAAAUUGAAAUUUCCAGAGUACCUUUUGAUACACUCCUGUGAGCCUCUGUGUGUUCUCUAGCCACAGGCAGACUGUACUCUGGGCUGUGGUCAACCGAGUGACCAAGAUCUCAGUGGAGGCCAGCCUAAUUCAGUGGGACUCCUAGAGUCCAGAGUCCCUGGUUCAGUUGCUAACCAAAAGGUUGAUGGUUCAAGUCCAUCCCGAGCUGCUUCAGGAGAAAGGCCUGGCAGUCUACUUCCAAAAAAUCAGCCAUUGAUAAGCCUAUGGAGCACAGUUCUCUGACACAUACGGAGUUGUCUAAUGGCAACUGGUGUUUGUGUGUGUGUGUGCACACAUGCUAAAGUAGAACCAUUGAAGAUACAACCUUUGAGAACCUCGAGCCUCAGGUUGCUAUAAACAGGUAAACACACUAGUUUAUCAUCAUUCAAGAUUCUCAGUUGAACAAUGCCUACAAGGAAAUUGAUUUUUUCACAGAUACUUUUGGAAGGUAUCUAAGUUAUUCCUCUUACUGAUCAGAUAGCACCUUCUAAUGUUUUCCAUUAUUUAUUGAUUUUGGCCCUGUGUUUCUUUCAUUCGUUCAACAAACAUUUAUGAAGUGCUUGCUCUGUGCUAGACACUCUGCAAGGUGCUGAUGGUGCAGCAGUGAACAGGACAGAGGCUCUGCCCUCACAGAGCUAGGUUUUGCACGUGUGGUUUUCCCCUGCGCAUAUCCAGACUAUACUUUGCUGCUUUUUUCUCUAUUUCCUCUUUUCAUGCCAAUUAUGUUUCAGACCCAUAAGCUACUUUAUGCCCUCAUUUCAAAUUAUUUUACUCUCCAAUUUAAAUAUACAAAACAAUUACGGUAUUAAUCCUUAUGCUAAAGACUUAAAUAUUCCAUUUUAAAAUUUCAGAUAUAAUAUAAAAAACCCAUUCUUAUAAAAAUUCAAAUAUAGAAAUAUAGAGUAAGAUGUGAAACAUCCUCCUUUAGGAUCCCCACUCUAGCUGCCUCUCGAGAGAUGACACAACAGCAUCUGAAAGUGCUUAUUUCCUAUGUUUUUUGCUAAUAUUUCAUCUUUUUAAAAAAUAUUAGUCCAUAUGAUGGUUUUAAAAAUAUCAUAUUUCUUUAUUUUAUGUUUCUUAGAUACUAGGUAGGUUAAGCAUCUUUUCAUGUUUAUUAGUCAUUUGUAUUUUUCCUUUUGUGAAUUGUCUUUUUAUAUCCUUUACCUUUUUUUUUCCUGUUUGACUGUUUCUUCUUGAGUUAAUUUUGGUAAUCUGUGUUUUCCUAGAAAAUUAUCUGUUUUGCCUAGUUUACAAAUCCAUAUAUGUAAUUAUGUCUUUUAUAUUUAUGUAUUAUAAUGACAUGUGCAAAGAGCUGGAGAUAGAAAACCAAAAGGAAAGAACACGCUUGGUGUUUCUCAAGCAGAAAGAACUGAAGAAAAAAUUCAAGCCUCAAGUUGCAAUAGUGAAGGAUUCUAUGGGGAAAAUACUAAACGACACAGGAAGCAUCAAAAGAAGAUGGAAGGAAUACAUAGUCAUUAUACCAAAAAGAAUUAGCUGACAUUCAACCAUUUCAAGAGAUAGAAUAUGAUCAGGAACCGAUGGAAGAGAUCCAUAUGUAUGCCUAUUCCCAAGAAAGUUGAUCCAACCAAAUGUGGAAAUUAUUGAAUAAGAUCAUUAAUAUCACAAGCAAGCAAAAUUUUGCUGAGGGUCAUUCAAAAGCAGCUGGAGCUGCCAGAAAUUCAUUCUGGAUUCAGAAGAGAACGUGGAACCAGGGAUGUCAUCGCUGAUGUUGGAUGGAUCCUGGCUGAAAGCAGAGAUUAACAGACAGGUGUUUUACUGACUACGGAAAGGCAAUCAACUGCGUGGAUCAUAACAAAUUAUAGAUAACAUUGUGGAGAAUGGGAAUUCCAGAGCACUUAAUUGUGCUCAUGAGGAACCUAUACGUAGAUCAAGAGGCAGAGUGGUUUAAAGUCAGGAAACUUGCGUGUCAGGCUUGUAUCCUUUCACCAUACCUAUUUAAUCUGUCUGCUGAGCAAAUAAUCUGAGAAGCUGACUAUAUGAAGAAGAACAGGGUGUCAGGAUUGGAGGAAGACUUAGUAACAACCUGCGAUAUGCAGGUGACACAACCUUGCUUGCUGAAAGUGAAGAGGACUUGAAGCACUUACUGAUGAAGGUCAAAGACCACAGCCUUCAGUAUGGAUUACAUCUCAAAUAAAGCAAACAAAGAUCCUCACAACUGGACCAAUAAGCCACAUUCAUGGUAAAGGGAGAAAAGAUUGAAGUUGUCAAGGAUUUCAUUUUACUUGGCUCCACAAUCAACAUCCAUGGAAGCAGCAGUCAAGAAAUCAAAAGACGCAUUGCAUUGGGCAAAUCUGCUGCAAAGGACCUCUUUAAAGUGUUGAAAACUAAAGAUGUCACCUUGAAGACUAAGGUGAGCCUGACCCAAGCCAUGAUAUUUUCAAUUGAAUCAUAUGCAUGUUAAAGCUGGACAAUGAGUAAGAAGACCAAAGAAGAAUUGAUGCCUUUGAAUUGUGGUAUUAGCAAAGAAUAUUGAAUAUACCAUGGACUGCCAAAAGAACAAACAAAUCUGUCUUAGAAGAAGUACGACCAGAAUGCUCCUUAGAAGCAAGGAUGGUGAGACUGUGCCUUACAUACUUUGGAUGUGUUGUCAGGAGGGAUCAGUCCCCGGAGAAGGACAUCAUUCUUGGUAAAGUACAGGGUCAGUGGAAAAUCGAAAGACCCUCAACAAGGUGGAUUGACACAGUGGCUACAACAAUGGACUCAAGCAUAACAACGAUUGUAAGGAUGGCACAGGACCAGGUAGGGUUUCGUUCUGUGGUACACAGGGUCGCUAUGAGUUGGAACCAACUCGAUGGCACCUAACAACAACAAUUACGUCUUCUUUCUUGUUUCUAAUUUGGAUACCUUAUUUUUUAUCCUUGAUUAGAUUUGCCUGAGGUGUUUUUGUUUGUUUUUUCUAUUUUGUUAGUCCUUUCAAAAGACUAGCUUUUAGUUUUAUUAAUCUUCAAGACCAUUUUUUUAGUUUUUCUGUUUCACUAAUUUAUGCUUUUGUAUUUAUUCAUUUCUCCCUUCUAUUUUCUUUGGGUUUAGGGAAGACCCUGUCCAUAAAGGAAGGUGGGUGCAAAGGUUCAAAGGUAGUUCCUGGAGAUUGAGAAAAUAAGUAUUGACAUCAUUUCCCCCUUCCCUGCGAUCACCAACACAAAUACAGAGAGUACAGAAUCAAUUAAGAAAUAACCAUUAAGAAUCAGACAAGUGAUCAGACUAUCACCUUUGCAAAUCAUACGCUGAAUUUGAACAAUGAUGCUUGACUGUCGAUCACAGCAAGCUAAUGACCCCACCCCUACCCCUGGAUCCCAAAUUAAACUUAAGGAAGAAAUUCUUAGACUAAACGCUUUUGAGCGACUCAAUAAGAAGCCAGUUAGAGAUGAAUAAAUCAGCACUGAGAGGCACUGAGGGCCAAGCUGGCUCAGGGGAGUUCAGUCUUUGUAGUUCCUUUGGAGACCCAGAUUAGGAACAAAGAAAAAUGAGUAAUGUGACAAUCCCCUGUUGAUGUUUGGAGUCCCUGGGUAGUACAGUUAACAUGCUCAGCUGCUAACUGAAAGGUAAGAGGUUCACAUCCACCCAGAGACAUCUGGGAAGAAAGCCCUGGCAAUCUACUUGUGAAAGAUCAGACAUUGAAAACCCCAUGGAGCACAGAUCUACUCUGAUAUGCAUGGGGUCACCAUGAACCAGAAUCAACUCCACUGCAGCUGGGUCAGUGGUUGGUAUCCGACUUAGCAGAGACAGAGUAAGGGGAUCCAGGGAGCUGGUAGAAAGCAUGGCGGAAGGAGUGACCUUGGGUUCAGACUGGACACGUGAGACCAGGAGGACAGGGGAAGAACAUUAAAAUAGGGUGGGUCCACAGGGCUUCAGCUUAAUGUGAAGAUGCAGAUUGCAUUCGGGGGAGUGUGAUGGUAGUACAGCUGAAACACAAGCAUCUGGAGGUCAGAGAUGGCUGUUUUAGAUUCAGAAUUUGAUGAUGGGAGAGUAGAGUGGGUCAGCACAUUCCCAAGUAUGAGGGAACUUGGGGACUGAAGCUGAGUCAUUCUUCAGUCCCUGGGGCACUUGUUCUUUCUAAAAAUUAGUUUAACAUCUGCUGUGACAUCAAGACAGUAGCUGUUUUCCUAUUCCUGGCUGCUUAAACAAAUCCAAGUGUACGUAUAACCAUACUGCAUUCUCACUAGGUCCAGGAAAAGAAACACGGUACACAGCACUAGCAGCAGGGGUUGGUGCCAGAGACGCCUCAGUCUUCAUAUGACCUCUCAAGGAUUCUUGAGUGUAUGACUUUAUCUAGUGCUAGAGUAGUACUUUUAAAAUGAAAACAUAUCGGGAGGCGGGGCCGAUAUGGCGGAGUAGUCAGACGCUUCCGGUGAACCCUCUUACAACAAAGACCCGAAAAACAAGUGAAACGAUUAUAGUUAUGACAAGCUAGGAGCCUGAAAAUCGAAGGCAGAGUUAGAAAACGUAGUGAGUGGCAGGGGGAGGGAGAGACGGUUCAAAAGCGGAGAGGAGAGGAGUUGCUGGACCGAAAUCGCCAGGAACCCUCAGGCACCAUUCCCGGGAGUGGCUGCAGCGGGCUGGUAGUAGCAUUUGGCCACAGUUUCCUCAGGGAGAGAUAGCCAGCCUCACAGCCUACUCACACCUCCAGAACCAGAGAAGAAUGGUGCUCUUGGCAAAGUAAGUACUUGCAUAUAUUUUAUUGUGCCCCAGGCCCCAAGUCAGCUUCAGUGGCUGUCGAUUUCCCUGGGCCUGAGAUAGGUCCUGCUGCACCCUGAGCCAUUCUCCUGGCCUUGGAGAAGGAAUAAAUUCACAAUUGGAGAAAAGAUAAUCUGCCAGCUCCACUAACCUGGGGAGCUCAGGACAGAAGCGGCUCCUGUCCAGACAUAAACGGUCCAUGGAUUUUGAAUACCUUUUCCCCCUGCAUGGACCUGCAUGGGCCUAUUACAGGAGAAUAGGCCCCUGUUGGCAGACUGCAGCUGUUUCAACUGUGUGGUGGAGAGGUGGGUGUUUGAUGUUUGACACCCCUUUCCCUAUUUAACAGGGUCCUCACCUACCCACAUCAGGGGCCUAAGGACUGGUGGCUUCACUCACGUCACCCAGCCACCUGUGACAGGAGUCCAAGAGUAACUGAUACUUCCCAGUCCUUAUAACCAAAAGCAUUGGGUGCCCAUGAUCCAUCUGCAGAACCAACCCACCUGUGCGCUCUAGGUGCACAGUGAUGCACUUUCCUCACAGACACUUGGGGAACAGUUGUCAGCCCUUUGCCUUGUUCAGAGUGUGACCCCCUGCUGCAACCAGAUACCUAUACCUACACUAAUCACCUCUGCCCCUCUAAGACUGUAGGACAGAGCCUGUACCACACACUUGAUGACCAACUUCCUGGACACCUGAGCUGAAUCCAUACAAGAAAAAUGAAUGGACUCCUAGGCUCAUAUACCUGAUAACAGCUCUAAACAUCUGGUGACAGGACAUUAGAGCUUCAAAGGCAAAAAUAAUCAAGCUAGCUUACUCAAGCAACCUAUUUGGGCAUAUGAAAAUGAAAACAUAUCAGUGUAUUUUAACUUCUGAGUGACAAACUUCUUUCUAACCAUGCAUUUACACAAAGAGGCCUGCCUUUGGUAUUUUCAUAGGGAAAGCCUAAUGAACCUUGUCUCAUAGCUCAUAAGAAAACCCAAGUUCACUAACCUCUUUCCCAGCAUGGUGUGUUUCCUUCUGUAAUUAUUUUUCUGUAUGUCAUUUCUUGUAGUGAAAUUUUAUGCUUUAGAACUGAAUUUGAAAAUCAUCUCAAAAUUUAUAGAAAACUUCAACACCUCAACAACAACAAAAACAACCUAGUUAAAAAGUGGGCAAAAAACCUGAACAGACACUUCACCAAAUAAGACAUUCAGGCAGCCAACAAAUACAUAAAGAGAUGUUCGUGAUCAUCAGGGCCAUUAGAAAAAUGCAAAUCAAAACAACAAUGAGAUAACCUCACACCAGCAAAAAUGGCGAUGAUCAAAAAAACAGAAAACAAAUGCUGACGAUGUGGGGAGAUUGUAACUCUCAUACACUGCUGGUGGGAUUGUAAAAUGGUACAACCACUGUGGAAAACAGUGUAGCACUUUCUUUAAAAGAUAGAAAUACAGAUAACGUAUGAUCCAGCAAUCCCACUACUAGGAAUAUGUCCUAGAAAAUUAAGAGCUGUGACAUGGGUAGAUAUGUUCACACCCAUGUUCAUCGCAGCACUAUUCACAAUAGCAAAAAACAUGGAAACAACCUAAGUGCCUGCCAUGGGUUGAAUUGUGUCCCCCCAAAAUAUGUGUCAAUUUGGCUAGUCAAUUAUUCCUAGUAUUGUGUGAUUAUCCUCCAUUUUGUCAUCUGAUGUGAUUUUCCUAUGUGUUGUAAAUCCUACCUCUAUGUCGUUAAUGAAGUGGAAUAGCAGCAGUUACAUUAAUGAGGCAGAACUCCAUCUACCAGAUUAGGUUGUGUCUUGAGUCAAUCUAUUUUGAUAUAUAAAAGAGAGAAGCGACCAGAGAGACAUGGGGAUCUCAUACCACCAGGAGGGUAGUUCCAGGAGAAGAGUGUGUCCUUUGGAUCUGGGGUCCUUGUGCUGAGAAACUCCUAGUCCAGGAGAAAAUUGAUGACAAGGACCUUCCUCCAGAGCCGACAGAGAGAGAAAACCUCCCCUGGAGCUGGCAUUCUGAAUUCAGAUUUCUAGCCUCCUAGACUGUGAAAAAAAAAAAAACUGUGAGCAAAUAAAUUUCUCUCUAUUAAAGCCAUCCACUUGCAGUAUUUCUGUUAUAGCAGUACAAGAUGAGCAAGACAGUGCCCAUCAACAGGCGAAUGGAUAAACAAGCUAUAAUACAUGCACACAAUGGAAUAUUAUGCACCUUUAAAGAAUAAUAAUGAAUCCGCAAAACAUCUCGCAACAUGGAUGAAUCUGGAGGACAUUAUGCUAAGUGAAAUAAGUGAAUCACAAAAGGAUAAAUAUUGUUUGAGACUACUACUAUAAAAAGUCGAGAAAAGGUUUACAUACAGAAAGAAACAAUCUUUGAUGGUUACAAAGGAGAGGAGAGGUGGGGAGGGAAAACCACUAAAUAGACGAUAGAUAAGUGGUAACUUUGUUGAAGGGUAAGACAGUACACAAUACUAGGGAAAUCAGCACAGCUUGACCGUGGCAAGGUCAUGGAAGCUUUGUAGGCACAUCCAGACUCUCUGAGGGACCAAAUUACUGGGCCAAGGGCUGGGGACCAUGGUCUAGGGGGACAUCUAGCUCCAUUAGCAUAACGUAGUUUAUAAAGAAAAUGUUCAGCAUCCUACUUUGGUGAGUAGUGUCUGGGGUCUUAAAAGCUUGUGAGGCUUGUGAGUGGCAUUUAAGGCACUCCACUGAUCCCACCCCCCCGGGGAGCAAGGGAGAAUGAAGAAAACCAAAGUCACAAGGGAAAGAUCAGUCCAAAGGACUAAUGGACCACAAGUACCACAACCUCCACCAGACUGAGCCCAGCACAACUAGAUGGUGCCUGGCUACCACCACUGACUCCUCUGACAAGGAUCACAGUAGAGGGUCCCAGACAGAGCUGGAAAAAAAUGUAGAACAAAAUUCUAGCUCACAAAAAAAGACCAGACUUACUAGUCUGACAGAGACUGGAAAAACCCCAAGAGUAUGGCCCCCUGAUACCCUUUUAACUUGGUACUGAAGUCACUCCUGAGGUUCACCCUUCAGCCAAAGAUUAGACCCAUAAAACAAAACGAGACUAAAUGCUCACAUCAGCUCAGGGGCUAGGACAAGAAAGCAGGAGCGGACAGGAAAGCUGAUAAUGGGGAACCCAAGGGUGAGAAGGGGAGAAUGUUGACAUGUCAUGGGGUUGGCAACCAAUGUCACAAAACAGUAAAACAAUAUGUGUAUUAAUUGUUUAAUGAGAAAACUAAUUUGCAGUGUGUUAAUUGUUUAAUGAGAAACUAAUUUGCUAUGUAAACCUUCUUCUAAAGCAAAUUAAAAAAAAAAAGUGUAACACACAGAAAGAAACAUUCUUUGCUGAUUACCAGGGAUGGAAGGGUGAGGGAAGGAAAAUCAAUAACUAGAUAGUAGACACUUCUUAACUUGGGUGAAGGAAAGGCAAUACACGAUAAGGGGAAUGUUGGCUAUGGUGCGAUGGAUUGCUUUUGUGUGGCCUUUCUCACCACGGUGAGAAAGUGAUUGGGUGGGACUGUACAAAUAAGGUAAUUGUGGCCCACCAAGGGGAUUGGUCAGCUUUGCUGUCCCGCUAAGCUUAAAAUGAGCCAUACCAGAGGUGGGAAGGAGAGGAUCUCACCACCACCAAGGCAGAAGGACCAAGAGUUGAGCGCAUCCUUUGCACCCAGAAUCCCUGUGCUGAGGAGCUUCUGAAACCAGGAGACAGAGAGAGAGAAAAAAAGAGCUGUAACACUGAAGAUCGCGAGAAGAAGUGGCAGAGAAUGGCAGCAGCAGAGGCAGCAGAGCCAAGAGACUGGCAGGAGACGGUGCGGUGCGCUUCCUGGUCAAGGGAGUAAGAAAGCUGAGUGCCUUUGGGCAGGAGGCUUGCUGGAGGAGUAGGAUGCCUCCGGGUACUUCGUAGAGCUAGGUUUGCUGACCCACAGAGCUACAGCUGAGUGCCUUCGGGCUGAGGCUUACUGGCAGAGUGUGGUGCCUUGAGCCACUUAUGGGCAAAGCUAAAAGAGCUUUGUAACACUUGUGUGAGCAGGGCAGAGGCUGAGGGGCCAGAGAGAGGUGUGCCUGUGAGCAUGACUAGAAAGAGGCUUUCCUGGUUGAACUGUUUCCUGAGCAUUCCUCAACCUGAAUUGUAACAUGCUACUUCCCUAAUAAACCUCAUAAUCAUGGGUAUUGUCUGUGAGUUCUGUGUGGCCAUUGCAAUGAAUUAUCGAACCCAGCAGAGAAGUAGAGAUUGUCACAGGAGGGAUGGUUGGUGUCAGAAUUGGUAAAGAUGGUGGAGAGAGGAGGCAAGUCUGACCUCCACCUCCUAGGAAUCAGCCUUGGGCUGUUGAUCUUGAUUCUCCUUCCUGCUUGUGAAGUUAGAGGAGGUCAGACAAUGCCUACACCAUGUCAUUUUUAUGUCAGCACAACAUGACUAUCAUGGAUUGAAUUAUGUCCCCCCCCCCCAAAAUGUGUGUAUCAACUUGGUUAGGCCAUGAUUCCCAGUAUUGUAUGGUUGUCCUCCACUUUGUGAUUGUAAUUUUAUGUUAAAGAAGGCUAGGGUGGGAUUGGAACACCCUUACCAGGCCACAUCCCUGAUCCAAUGUAAAGGGAGUUUCCCUGGGGUAUGGCGUGCACCACCUUCCAUCUCUCCAAGAGAUAAACCAAAAUGGAAGCAAGCAGAAAGUUGGGGAACUUCGUACCACCAAGAAAGAACCACCAGAAGCAGAGCGUGUCCCCCUUUAGAUCGGCGGUUCCUGUGCAGAGAAGCUCCUAAUCCAGAGGAAGAUUGACGAGAAAGACCUUCCUCCAGAGCCAACAGAGAGAAAGCCUUCCCCUGGAGCUGAUGCCCUGAAUUUGGGCUUCUAGCCUACUAGACUGUGAGAAGAUAAAUUUCUCUUUGUUAAAGCUACCCACUUGUGGUAUUUCUGUUACAGCAGCACUAGAUGACUAAGAUGAUGACCAGGGCAAAGGAAGACACUGGGAGAACACAAGAGUAAAAGAAAAUAACGAAAGACAUCCACUGGGUCAAACAUGCGGAGCGCAGCCAAACCCUGGAGCCCAGCCCUCAAAGCUGGGAGCCAUGCUGACCGCGCGCGGCCCCUCCCUGCAUCCGCUUCCGGCAUGAAGAGUUCUAGAUCGUCAACAUCGCUGGCUUUUGAGUCCCGACUCAGCAAGCUCAAGAGGGCCAGUAGUGAGGACACGCUCAACAAAUCAGGAAACACCACCAUGUCCGGAGUUGUUCGACUGAAAAAGACCAUGACAACCGGAGCCAUUGCUGAGCUGGCUGAGAGUCGCUUGAGGAAUAAUCCAGGUGCUGCUGCAGCAACCAAACGGACAGGCAUUCCAGCUCCACGGGAACUUUCAGUAGCCGUCUCAAGAGAGAGGUCUGUGCCACGUGGUCCCUCAAACCCCAGGAAAUCGGUGUCCAGUCCAACUUCUUCUAGCACACCCACCCCUACCAAACACCUGAGGACUACCUCCUCAAAAGCCAAGCAAGAGAAUGAAAGUGCAGAAAAGGCAGUGCUUGAGUCUCACAUUCGGGAACUUUUGGCAGAAGCCAAAGUGAAAGAUAGUGAAAUAAACAGGCUUAGAAGUGAACUAAAGAAAUGCAAAGAAAAGAGAGCCUUGAACACUGAAGAAACUGGUUCUUUAGACCCGAGUGUAGAUGGAAUACCCUUUUUAUCAUGUGACACAGAGCCUUUGAUAAGAGCUCUUGAGGAAAAGAACAAGAAUUUUCAGAAAGAGCUUGCUCAUCUAAAGGAAGAAAACCGGACCUUGAAGGAGAAGCUGAUUUACCUUGAGCAUUCGCCAAACUCAGAAGGAGCAGCAAGUCACACUGGUGAUAGCAGCUCCCCAACAUCUCUAACUCAAGAGUCAAGCUUCGGAAGCCGGACUAGAAAUCAGCUGUCAGGUGAAAUAGAUGAGUUUAAAAGAAACAUACGUGAAAAUGCAUUAAGGACGUCAGAUUCUUCAAGUAGCGAUGUUACCAAAGCUUCCUUGUCACCAGAUGCCUCCGAUUUUGAGCACAUAACAGCAGAUACCCCCUCUAGACCUGUAUCUUCCAAUAGCAACCCCCUUAAGAGCUCAAAGUGUUCUGCCACUGGAAGUUCCCCUAACAAUAGUAGUGAAUUGUCUCUGGCUUCCCUUACUGAGAAGAUACAAAAGAUGGAAGAGAAUCACCACAGCACAGCAGAAGAGCUGCAGGCUACUUUACAGGAAUUAUCAGACCAGCAACAAAUGGUGCAGGAAUUGACAGCUGAAAAUGAGAAGCUGGCGGAUGAGAAGACCAUUUUGGAGACAUCCUUUCAUCAGCAUCGAGAGAGGGCAGAGCAAUUAAGUCAAGAAAAUGAGAAGCUGAUAAAUCUUUUACAAGAGCGAGUAAAGAAUGAAGAGCCCAAUGUCCAAGAAGGCAAAAUUCUCGAACUGGAGCAGAAAUGCUCAGACAUUCUUGACCAGGGCCGCUUUGAAAGAGAGAAAUUGCUCAUUAUUCAGCAGCAGUUGACCUGUAGCUUACGGAAAGUUGAGGAAGAAAACCAAGGAGCCUUAGAAAUGAUUAAACACCUGAAGGAAGAAAACAAAAAACUGAAUGGGUUUCUAGAACUGGAACGGCAUAAUCAUAGUGUGAUGGCCAAAACUUUGGAAGAAUGUAGAGUUACCUUGGAAGGGCUGAAGAUUGAAAAUGGAUCUUUAAAGGCUCAACUGGAGAAUGAGAAGCAAAGAGCUGUAGAGACCAGUCCUACGGGGCAAAUGGCAGAGAGCUGUGAAGCUCAAGAAAUGCUGAAAGUAGCUCGUGCUGAGAAAGAUCAACUGGAACUCUCUUGCUCUGAGCUUAAACAAGAAUUACUAAAGGCAAAUGGUGAAAUUACACAUGUGUCAAGCCUGCUAUCCAAGAUGGAAAAGGAUUACUCUUGUCUGAAGGAGAUAUGUGAUCAUCAAGCAGAACAACUGAGCAGAACCAGCCUAAAACUUCAGGAGAAAGCGUCAGAGAGUGAUGCAGAGAUCAAAGACAUGAAGGAAACUAUAUUCGAAUUGGAAGAUCAGGUGGAACAGCACCGAGCAGUCAAGUUACAUAAUAACCAAAUCAUUAGUGAACUAGAAAGUAAUGUGUUGAAGCUGGAGGAACAGAAGUUAGACCUGGAGAAGCAGCUAAAGACACUCACUAAGCAGAUGAAGGAGGAUACUGAGGAGUGGAGGCGGUUCCAGGCUGACCUGCAGACUGCCGUGGUGGUGGCCAACGACAUCAAGUGUGAGGCCCAGCAGGAGCUGCGCACUGUGAAGAGGAGGCUGCUGGAGGAGGAGAAGAAGAAUGCGAGGCUGCAGAAGGAGCUGGGUGAUAUCCAGGGCCACAGCAGACCUGUGAAUGAAGAGUCAGAGUCCUCCGAGGUGGAUGCUCCUGGCCGGUGGCUUGGUGUCUAUGUUAACAGAACAUCCCCAACACCUUCAGAGUCUGUAACCACUGUUAAGUCACUUAUCAAGUCAUUUGACUUGGGACAUCCAGGUGGAGCUGGACAGAAUAUUUCUGUUCAUAAGACCCCCAGGAGUCCUCUAAGUGGAAUACCUGUGAGGACUGCUCCAGCUGCUGCCGUUUCUCCAAUGCAGAGGCAUUCGACCUGCAGCCACGUGCCGCCGGCCAGCAAGGGGGCCGCUCAGGGUCUGGGUCUGCCAGACCUUCCCAUCUCAGAUCUUCUAAAAGGAAGGACUGAGAACCUGAAACCAGACUCUUACCUCCGGAAGAGCCCCUCACUUGAAUCGCUGAGCAGACCCUCUUCGCUGGUCUUCGGGAAUGCAAGACUGCUGAGCUCUUCCUCCAAGGGGCUGAAAUCACAAAGCAGACUCAGUGUGGAAAGAAGAGAUCCUCUGACUGCCUUAGCCCGGGAAUAUGGUGGCUCCAAGCGCAAUGCUCUACUGAAGUGGUGCCAGAAGAAGACAGAAGGUUAUGCGGUGGUGUACCUAAAAAGUCUCACUCUAAUUAACAUUGAUAUCACCAAUUUCAGCAGCAGCUGGAGUGAUGGUUUGGCCUUUUGUGCUCUCCUGCACACCUACCUGCCUGCACACAUCCCGUACCAGGAGCUGAAUAGUCAAGAGAAAAAAAGGAAUCUCUUGUUAGCAUUUGAAGCAGCUGAAAGUGUAGGCAUCAAACCCAGCCUGGUUGGAAGUUGGAGUCCACCCAGAAGUGCCUCAGAAAAAAGGCCUGGCAUUCUACUUCCCAGAGACCAGCCAUUGAAAACCCUACAGAGCGCAAUUCUACUCUGACACAGAGUCGCCCAUCGGAGUCGACGUGUCUGGCAACUGGUUUGGCCUCAGAAUGAGUUGGGAAGUGUUUCCUAUCUUCUGUUUUUCAGAAGAGAUUAUGUAGAAUUGGUAUUAUUUCUUCCUUAAGUGUUCGGUAGAACUCACCAGUGAAAUCAUCAGGGUCUGGUGUUUUCUUUUUUGGAAGGUUUUUAACUACUGAUUCAAACAAAUUUCUUGAAAUAUCAGAUUUUCAUUAAUGUAAUUACUCUUCUCCUGAAAUCUGAUAAAUUAUUUCUUCAAACAUGUUCAGAUGUGAUGUUGACAAUGGACCAAAGUGCUGUUUAAUUCAAUUAUCGUUAGGUUUCCCUUAAAUCUGUUGCUGUCUAAUCGAUUCCGACUCAUAGCGACCCUGUAGGACAGACUAGAACUGCCCCAUAGGGUUUCCAAGGAGCGGCUGGUGGAUUCGAACUGCCAACCUUUUGGUUAGCAGCCUAGCUGUUAACCACUGCGCCACCAGGGCAUGUGAAAUAGUCUCUUGUAAAACAAUGAUAUCGUUUGGACUUCCGAACCCUUUCCAAGGUUGAAGACACGUCCUUCCCAUCCUACAGAGGAAGGUUUGCCAUCUCUCUUGAGUUUGCAGGUGUCCUUUCUUUCUCAGAGCUCAUCUGUCUCCUAAAUAUCAUGCUUAAUUCUUGAUUACUUCUUUUCUCUGUUGUAUUGUUGACAACCCUCCUGUAGUAGGACAUUUAUCUUUUGAUGCAUCACUCUGUGUGCACAGUCCUGGAUACAGUGUUCUGGGAGGCAGGCUGUCUUUGCAUUCUGAGAAAAUUUUAUCUUUCUUUUUAAGUUGUUCUGGGUAUAUCAGUGUGGAAUGGUCCACUCACCCCUUUCCUAUGAUUAAUAAUAUGCUGAUAUUUCUUUCUUUCCUUCCUGUAUUUUGCAUAACGAGGGAGCAGAGUCAGUAAAGUGUCUUCAGAUGCUGCCGAACAGGAUAAACUGCUCAUUGACAGACCUCUGCUCGCUCUCUCACCAUCUAGUAACACAUGUACCACGUUCAGCCCUAUUUUCCACGGCUUCUCUGCUUCUGGCUUUACAUUGGGGUCCUUCCCUGUCAUUCCCUUGUAACCACAAAAGAAUCUAAACAAAUUCCAAAGUUAAUGAUGAAAUGGGUUCCAUGGCACAAAUUUCCAAAAACCCUACCUGAGCACUCCACGGGGCACCCAGCCCUCCUGUGUGUCCCUUUCUGGCCUCCACCUCAUGCUUGCUUGUUGCUGACUCAAUUAGGAAAAAAAAAAAUUUUAGAGUAAUGCUGGUAAAACAAAGAGUUGCAUUUUAAAUUGGCUCAAGGAUUUUGUAGUAAUCUCAUUCUUAGAACUUUAUAUUAAGGAAAUAAUUGAGCAGAAGGAGCAAUAUUGCACCAAGGUGCUCAUUGCAAAGUCUGUAACAGUGAAGAUGUGAACGUAAACUCCACGCCAGACAAUAGGAGGUGGUCGUGUCCACUGUGGGACAACUGUUCCCUUGGACAGUGUGCAUCCACCGGGGUAGCCACCAAAACAGUACAGCACCGUGGGAAACUGAGAAAAACGUUAAGUGAAGAAGUACAGACUGUGCAAUAUUACAUCAGCUGUGAUGGGAGCAUGGAGUUUAGAAUAAUGGAAAUCACUUUAUGACAGCAGAAUAAUGGGUGGCUUUCUCCUUCCAAGGGAAACCCUGGUGGCUUAGUGGUUCAGAGCUACAGCUGCUAACCAAAAGGUUGACAGUUCAAAUCCACCAGGCACUCCUUGGACGCUCUAUGGGGCAGUUCUACUCUGUCCUGCAGGGUCGCUAUGAGUCGGAAUCAACCUGACAGCCAUGAGUUUUGGUUUUUUUCUCUUUUCAAAGCUGUUUUUAAUGCUGCUAUGUUGUUUAAAAAAUGCAAGCACUGGGAGAUCAUGCCUUGUUUUUUUUAAAGGGACGGUAUCUCCCAAAUAAAUUGGAGGGAAAGCUUUUCUUUUAACUAAUCGCAUUUACCUCUGGCUGGUGUUUCCCCAUGCCUUCUGCCUGUAUGGUGGAGGGUUCCUAGCCAGAUAAGCUGCUGAUCUGUGUCCCAGCCUCUCUGUGGGGGGAGGGGGGGUCUGUGAUGCACCCUGACCUCGGUCUGC